CGUAUCUUCUAGCUUUAACUUGUAGCGAUAAACAAAUAAUUUCGUCACUUCUUAAAUUAAUCUUAACACUGAAUUAUACGGGAAGACGAAUGAAAUGGCUUAUCGUCCCAAUGAUUAUGAAUGUGGCUAUGAUGAAUCCAGAUUUAAGAAUGCUGUUGAUGAAUAUUUUCGCUGUGCAAUUUGUCUUAACGUCAUGAAAGAUGCCAAAAUGUGCCACAAUGAACACAUCUUUUGUCGUAAAUGUAUCGAAGAACAUCUACGAGUUAAUGCACAAAGAUGUCCUCAAUGUCAAGAUAAUUUGACGGUAGCUACACUUCUUCCAGCGCGUGUUAUAAAUAACUUGAUUUCUAAGUUUAAAAUCAGAUGCGACUACGCUAAUCGUGGUUGUCCUGAAUUUAUCAAUGUUGAAGAUCUUGAACGACAUGUUCAAAAUUGUGGUUUUGCUCCAGUGUUGUGUUGUAAUGAACGUUGUGACAAGGAGAUAAACAAACGAGACAAGAUUGAACAUGAAACUGAGUUAUGGGAAUACAGAAAGACUUCAUCUCACUACUUUGAAGAGAUUAAAGAAAUAAUUCAACGAAGUUUUGAUCAUGAGGAAAAAGAGAAAAUGCAGCUGACUGAUAUAACUAGAAAAAUGGAGUUACUGACAAACCAAAACUCGAAAUCACAAAAAGAAAUGAUGGAGUCGAAAGGAGAAAUAAGACAUAUUCAACAAAAUCUUUCUACAGUGACCAAGGAAAUGAUGGAAACAAGAAAAGAAAUAAAAGAUGUUCACCACUAA